CCACCGAGCAACGGAGCAACUCGAUUCCAAAAUCACUCCUGGGGACCCCCCGGAGUCCCCGCUGUCUUUCCCAAUCCUUGCACGGAGGGUGGGCAGCGGGGAGCCCGGGCCGGAGGCAGACGCGGCCACGGGAACCCCGCGCCUCGGAGGGGCGCCCGAGCCCGGGUUGCCGUUGCUUGUGCGGGGCUGGGACCCCCGUUCUCUCCCGGCGCCCCCCGCCCCCCAGGGCGGCGGGUGAGCUUGCCUUCCCGUGUUUCAUGUUUUGACAUUCAGGGUUUCUGUUUUUUUCUUUUUGGGAGUUUAUUCUUUAAGCUGUCAGUGUGUUUGGCUUUAUUUUUGAGGACAUCCUUCUUCGUCUCUCUAGUUCUUUUUUUUUAAAUUAGGUAUUUUGUCCGCCUAAUCUUGAGUGGCAGCACUGGCGGCACCAGAAUGAGUCAUUCUGUCCAGUAAUCUUGAGUGGGUGGGCUGGCUGGACCCUUGGAAAUGAGGCAUUCUGUCCUAAUCUUGAGUGACCCUUGGAAAAUGACAGGAAGAGGAAAUUUACAAAGGCGUCUGGUCUCCUGGGACAAACACCAUGAUGCUGCUCAUGAAAUCAUUGAGACCAUCCGAUGGGUCUGUGAGGAAAUCCCAGACCUCAAGCUCGCUAUGGAGAAUUACGUCCUAAUCGACUACGACACCAAAAGCUUUGAAAGCAUGCAGAGGCUCUGUGACAAGUACAACCGGGCCAUCGACAGCAUCCACCAGCUGUGGAAGGGCACCACGCAACCCAUGAAGCUGAACACGCGGCCGUCCAAUGGGCUCCUGCGGCACAUCCUGCAACAGGUCUACAACCAUUCAGUGACGGACCCCGAGAAGCUCAACAACUAUGAGCCUUUCUCCCCUGAGGUGUAUGGGGAGACCUCCUUUGACCUGGUCGCACAAAUGAUUGACGAGAUCAAGAUGACCGAGGAUGACCUGUUUGUGGACCUGGGCAGUGGAGUGGGCCAGGUCGUGCUGCAGGUCGCCGCGGCCACCAACUGCAAACAUCACUACGGCGUCGAGAAAGCCGACAUCCCAGCCAAGUAUGCGGAGACCAUGGACCGAGAGUUCAGGAAGUGGAUGAAAUGGUACGGAAAAAAGCAUGCAGAAUACACACUGGAAAGAGGCGAUUUCCUCUCGGAAGAGUGGAGAGAGCGGAUCGCCAACACAAGUGUUAUAUUUGUGAAUAACUUUGCCUUUGGUCCUGAGGUGGAUCACCAGCUGAAGGAGCGAUUUGCAAACAUGAAGGAAGGUGGCAGAAUCGUGUCCUCGAAGCCCUUCGCACCUCUGAACUUCAGAAUAAACAGUAGAAACUUGAGUGACAUCGGCACCAUCAUGCGUGUGGUGGAGCUGUCGCCGCUGAAAGGCUCGGUGUCAUGGACGGGGAAGCCAGUGUCCUACUACCUGCACACCAUCGACCGCACCAUACUUGAAAACUAUUUUUCUAGUCUGAAAAAUCCAAAACUCAGGGAGGAACAAGAGGCAGCUCGGCGCCGGCAGCAGCGAGAAAACAAGAGUAACACAACCACCCCCACGAAGGUGCCCGAGAGCAAGGCAGCUGCGCCUGCGGACACCCCUGUGGAUUCUGGUGCUGAGGAAGAGAAAGUGGGGACAACUGCCAUCAAGAAGCCAUCCCCCUCCAAAGCCCGGAAGAAGAAGCUGAACAAAAAGGGGCGGAAGCUGGCCGGCCGGAAGCGCGGGCGCCCCAAAAAGAUGAGCACUGCGAACCCUGAGCGUAAGCCCAAGAAGAGCCCGACUGCACUGGACCUGCUGCAUUCUCAGACCAUGUCCCAGACUGCCGCCGCCUCGCCGCAAGAUGCGUAUAAGUCACCUCACAGCCCGUUUUAUCAGCUACCUCCCACUGUGCAGCGGCAGCCACCUGACCAGCUGCUGCUGGCACCCAUCCCGCCUGCACUGCAGAAGCUGCUAGAGUCCUUUAAGAUUCAGUACCUGCAGUUCUUGGCAUACACGAAGACCCCUCAGUACAAGGCCAGCCUGCAGCAGCUACUGGACCAGGAGAAGGAGAAGAACGCCCGCUUGCUGGGCGCUGCACAGCAGCUGUUUGGCCACUGCCAGGCCCAGAAAGAGGAGAUCAAGAGGCUUUUCCAGCAGAAACUAGAUGAGUUGGGAGUGAAGGCGCUGACCUACAGCGACCUGAUCCAGGCGCAGAAGGAGAUCUCGGCUCACAACCAGCAGCUACGGGAGCAGACGGAGCAGCUAGACAAGGAUAAUAGGGAGCUGCGCACCCAGAGCCUGCAGCUGCUAAAGGCUCGGUGUGAGGAACUGAAGCUAGACUGGUCUACGCUGUCCCUGGAGAACCUGCUGAAGGAAAAGCAGGCACUGAGGAGCCAGAUCUCCGAGAAGCAGAGACGCUGCCUGGAGCUGCAGAUCAGCAUUGUGGAGCUGGAGAAGAGUCAGCGGCAACAGGAGCUCCUGCAGCUCAAGUCCUGCGUGCCGCCUGAUGACGCAGUGCCUGGUCACCUUCGCGGGAAGAGUGGCCUGGGCCGUGAGCUGGAGGCAGAGCCUGGCCGGCUGCACCUGGAGCUGGACUGCUCCAAGCUCUCACUGCCCCAUUUUAGUAGCAUGAGCCCGGAGCUCUCCAUGAAUGGCCAUGUGUCUGGCUAUGAGCUCUGCAGUGCGCUGAGCCGGCCCUCGUCCAAGCAGAACACCCCCCAGUACCUGGCCUCACCGCUGGACCAGGAGGUUGUGCCCUGCACCCCCGGCCACAGCAGCCGACCCCGGCUCGAGAGGCUGUCGGGCCUGGCCCUGCCUGACUACACCAGGCUCUCACCCGCCAAGCUGGUACUCAGACGCCACCUGAGUCAGGACCAUGCGGCCAACAGUAAGGCUGCUGCUGGCGAGCUGCACCCACGAGCUGAGCACACUAAGGAGAACAGCCUUCCAUACCACAGCCCGGGCCUCACCAACGGCAUCAAACUGAGCCCUCAGUACCCACGGUCCUCAUCCCCCAUGUCCUUACAGAUGACAGGAGAGAAGGGCAGUGAGAAGGGUCUGAAGGAGCGCACCUAUGCUAGCAGUGGGGAGGCCAUUACCAGCCUGCCUGUCAGCAUCCCGCUCAGCACCGUGCAGCCCAGCAAGCUGCCCGUCAGCAUCCCCCUGGCCAGCGUGGUGCUGCCCAGCCGCGCCGAGAAGGUGAGAAGCACCCCCAGCCCUGUGCCACAGGCACGAGAGUCCUCAUCCACACUUGAGAAGCAGAUGGGUGCUAAUGCCCAUGGCGCUGGAAGCAAAGGGCUUGCCCUGGCCCCCGCAGGUUUCUCCUACACCGGCUCGGUGGCCAUCAGCGGGGCCCUGGCAGGCAGCCCGGCCCCGCUUGUUUCUGGAGCCGAGCCCCCAGCCUUUGACGAGUCCUCUAGCUCAGGGAGCCUCUUUGCCACCAUGGGCUCCCGCAGCUCUACCCCGCAGCAUCCCCCACUGCUGGUACAGCCCCGGAACUCUGGCCCGGCCUCCCCUGCCCACCAGCUCUGCGCCAGCCCCCGGCUUGGCACUGCCCAGGGCCCGCUUCCUGACGCCAGCAAAGGGGACCUUCCCUCCGAGGCUGGCUUCUCAGAUCCAGAGAGCGAGGCCAAGAGGAGGACCAUCUUCACCAUCUCGGCUGGCACCAGCAGCACCAAGCAGUCGCCUUCCAACAAGCACAGCCCUCUGCCUGCGAGUAUCCGCGGGGACAGCAGCCAGAGCCACGGGCAGGACAGCCGCAAGCGGGGCAGGAGGAAGCGGGCGUCAGCAGGAACCCCCAGCCUGAGCUCGGGUGUGUCCCCCAAGCGCCGGGCCCUGCCAUCCGUCGCCAGCCUCUUCACACAGUCUUCAGGGUCCCCUCUCAACCUUAACUCCAUGGUCAACAACAUCAACCAACCUUUGGAAAUCACGGCCAUCUCGUCCCCCGAGAGCUCCCUAAAGAGCUCUCCUGUCCCUUACCAGGACAACGACCAGCCACCCGUGCUCAAGAAAGAGAAGCCCCUGAACCAAACCAAUGGGGCCCAGUAUUCCCCGCUGACCUCAGAUGAGGAGCCGGGCUCUGAGGAUGAGCCGGGCAGUGCCAGAAUCGAGAGAAAAAUUGCAACGAUCUCCUUAGAAAGCAAAUCUCCUCCAAAAACCUUGGAAAAUGGUGGUGGCCUGGCGGGAAGAAAGCCAGUGCCCGCCAGCGAGCCUGUCAACAGCAGCAAGUGGAAGGCCACCUUCUCGCCCAUCUCCGACCUCAGCCUGGCCAAGGCCACUGACAGCCCACUACAGGCCAGCUCCACUCUGGGCCAGAACUCCCUGUUUGCUUUCCGGCCCACCCUAGAGGAGCCCAGCUCAGUUGACGCCAAGCUGGCCUCCCACCCCAGGAAGAGCUUCCCCAGUGCCCUGUCGGCGGCCGGUGGGCUGAGCCCAAACAGCAACCCUCCCAAUGGCUUCGCCUUCAGUGGGGGCCUGGCCACUGACCUCAGUUUACACAGCUUCAACGAUGGUGCUUCUCUCUCCCACAAGGCCCCCGAGGUGGCCAGCCUGGGCACCCCCCUGAGCUUUCCCGCCCUGCGGGGCAAGGAGGGCAGCACAGAGUCUGGCCCCUUUGUGAACAAGAGGCAGCUGGACGGACUGAACAGCCUGAAGGGCGAGGGGGGCAAGGGCAGGGAGGCAGAGCUGGGCCUGCCCUCAUGCACGCCCUCAGACAAGGCCUCACUGGCACAUGGCAAGGCAGGCAAGGGCCGGGACCGCGAGCCUGACUUCAAGAACGGCCACAACCUCUUCAUUUCUGCUGCCGCCGUGCCCCCCGGGGGCCUCCUCAGCGGCCCGGGCCUUGCCACAGCAGCAUCUUCGGCGGGCAACAUGGCCUCCUCUGCCCAAACACACCGGCCCUUCCUGGGCACCUUCGCACCCAGCCCGCAGUUCUCCCUGGGCCCCAUGUCCCUGCAGGCCAACCUGGGAUCAUCCGUGCUGCAGUCCCUGUUCAGCUCUGUGCCGGCUGCCGCCGGCCUGGUGCAUGUCUCGUCCGCUGCGACCAGACUGACCAACUCACACGCCAUGGGCAGUUUUUCAUCCGGGGUGGCAGGCGGCGCAGUUGGAGGUGUCUUUAACCACGCGGUGCCUUCCGCCUCCUCUCAUCCGUUUGGAGCCAGUUUCGGCAGCGGGGCUGCGUGUCGCAGUGCCACGCUGAGCUUAACCCCGCUGCAGGCGGUGGCCAGCACCCCCGCCUCUUCCUUUCAGGCCCCGCCCUCCCUGGAGCCGCGGCAGCCCCCACCCCAGCCCCUGGGCCGGCCCCCUGCGGGGCCGCCUACCCUCCACGUGCCCCUUCCUCCUAACGCCGCCUUGCCUCCCGCUCAUGCGCUGCUCCCUGCUAACUCUGAGCCCGCGCUCCUGCAGAACCUGGCUCCCCUCCCUGCUAACCAAGCUUUCUUACCCGUCUCCUCUGCCGCUUCUCUGCCGCCUGCUAACGCCUCUCUGUCCAUCAAGCUCGCCUCCCUCCCGCACAAGGCCUCCCGCCCCUCCUUCACGGUGCACCACCAGCCCCUGCCUGGGCUGGCCCUGGCCCAGGCUGCGCCCGUGAUCCCACAGGCCAGCUCCACGGGGCCAUCCGCUGUGUGGGUUUCCCUUGGCAUGCCGCCUCCUUGUGCCGCGCGCCUUGCGGGGGUUAAGCCGCGAUAAAGACCUUGCUUAGCUAGCAGUUCUGUUAUGUAAGGUAAGGCUAGAGCCCAACCAGGUGGCCGGUAUAAGAAACUCAACUGUCCUUCCUUUCGCAGAGAAUAGACGGGUCCACAGCGCUCUGCGCAGCGACCUGGGGACUGAGGCUGCUCUUCCGUGGCUGAUGGGUGGAGACUCAGUUCUGAGAGGCGCAAAGGAAACAUAAGCGCAGGGUGGGAAGGGAGAUUGUGUGUGGCUGCCAUGCACAUUGGCCGCGCUAAGUGAUGCCUGAGUGCCAGCACAGAGCUCAGGAGGGGUGUGGUUAGCCCUUGCUGCCCGCCUGGACCUUCACACUAGGUUCCUCGUAGCACUCCUGACCAGGGGGCAGCACAUCAGGAAGGCUCUGCAGGCCAGAGGCUGCAUUCAGUCUUUCACGGAGGGGACCAGUUCAGUCUUGCUGCCAUUCUCCGGCUGUCUGUCUGCAGUGGUCAGGGACCCGGGCAGCCCCGGUGUGGGACCAUGGGGGCAGCUCAGAAGCCCACCUUGAUGUCUGUUUACUCCUGGGCCUCUCACACCCUGUUUACUUGAAUGCACCUUGUAGGGUUUUAGGAAAAUCCAGAGCAUUUAAGGCCCCUGGUACUAAGUGAGACUUCAGAAGAAAGCUGUACGUUGUGCUCUUUGGCUAGAGGUCCUUGCUGGAAGGCCCCACCGACAUACACCCCGGGACUGAUAGGCAGCAUGAAGGGCUGUCUGACAGAUGGGUAGUGCUCCUCCGGCUUCCAGGGAACUGGACCAGUGCAUUUUGCAUGUCAUUGUGGAGUCAGUGGAGAGCAGUGUAGGAAGGGCCCAUCUUUGGGAAUGGGAUGAGGAAGGUGGCCAUGAGGCCUUCGGGGAGGAUCCCAGUUUGCUCCUCUGCUGUCUGUGAGGGCUUUAGGGAGCUGAGCCCUGGAGCAGCUGACCCAGCCAAUGCUGGUGCCGCCUUAGCAUCCCCUGGGGUGAGGGCUUUCCCAAGCAAGACUACCACCUACAGGCAAGUGCUUGAGGAACAAAAGCCGGGUGCUGACCAGGCACUGCAGGCCAGGCGCAAGGUGUGCCUGCUGUUCUCAGCCUUUUGCAUGUGUUUAAGUGGAAAUAGACAUUAGGUCACAGGAGUCUGACAGCCUCCCAGUCAGGGCUCGGGUCUAGUGGGCUGUGCCUUGGUCCUAUUGGAAAAGCCUGGAAGGUAGGUUGGCUGUAGCUCACAGUGGCCUCUUGCCAUCAGAGAAGGUGCUGUGGCCAGGACUGCCUGGAAGAGGUCAGGGGUGUACACCUGCGUCUGGGCGUCAGGCUCCCCAUUUUGGCCUGCAGUGGACACCUGCCUUCUAUCCGUCCAUAAUAAGUCUCCCUGGGCUGCACAGCAACACCUCACUUAGGGGUAUGCAGGCUUGUCAGGACCCCCAUGAGCAGUGCCUAGCCUGUGGUGACCAGAGAGGGUCUCCAUUCCAAGGUUCCCAGGGAGGGGGGGAGGCCAGGAACCAGAGCCCCAUGAGGGCCUUGGGACGGUGACCUCCCACCUCUGGGCCAGGGGCAUGGCAUGAGGGUGACUGCGAUGAUCGCGUCCUGUCUGUCCAUCCAUCUGUAGGCUUUGGUUCCCCAGCCUGGGGACAUGUGGGCUUCUCUGAGUGAAACACUAACUCUGUGCUGCCUUUCCUCCUGCGCCGGUCUCUGCAGGUAACUAGGAUUUCUACCUCAACCGCGACACCUGUGUGAGGACAGGUGGGCCACAGGAACAGCGGCUAACCACCGGACAGCAGGACGGACUGAGGACGAAGCUGUGCCGUGAGUCCAUGCUGCACAGACAUGCAGGAGAUGCUGGACCUGGCUCCAGCUUGUACUGUUGAUAGUUUUAGAUAAAGUAUUUAUCAUUUUUUAAAAUGUAUAAACAAUUUUGACUUAUUUUAUUCCACCGAAGUCAUAAAGGCAACCUAUUGAGAAAUGUAAAUACUAUAUAUGAGAGGAUCUAUAUAAAGACAUUGACCCGACGGACUGGCCCGCCAGCGGAGACCCUGACAGCCGGGCCCGGUGCUAUCUCGCCGCCAGGCCUCACCGCCUCCACGUUCUCUUGGUGCUGACUCGAGGUUGACCAACGCCAAAACCAGCCCUUGCUGCACCCUUCCCGUCAUCCCACACUCUCCCGUACCAAAGGCACGCCUGUCUUCAGGUCGAAGGUGGUUCACUCGGUUUCUAAUGUCCCUCAGAAAAAGCCCUCUCCCCCCAUCACUGUGAACACUCCGGCCAGACUGUCAGCCCUGGGUCCUGGGACAGCGCCUAUGGUGUGGGAACGCGGGUGGGCCGCAGGGCGUCCUGAUGCUGCGGGAGGAGGCUGCUGUGAAUGGUGCUUGUGGGGGGUCUGGUAUCUGCCCCAUUGCCGGGCUGCUGGGAAACAAGUGCUUUACUUUGUACAUGCGUCUUGGACUUGGGCUUGCACAGCCCAGUGAGGCGUGUAGCCAGCCUGAGGUGGCUGGCCGGGGCAUGUGGCAGGUUAGCCGUGGGUGCCUGGUGUGUCUGUACAGAAGAGUCACGCUGACGAGUGACAGUAUUUUAUAGAGAUGUGAUGAAAAUUUAUAAAUUUCAUAGACUUGACUUCAUUUAUUUUUAGAUUGUAUAAUGCACAGUAAACUUAAAAGGGAGAAAGAAAAGUGAGGGGGGAGACUUUUUUAUUUAUUCAAGUGCACACAAGUGGCAUUGGCCCAGGGCCAGAGCACCCCUUGUCCCUCUGGUCAGCCCAUGCCACUGCUCCAUGUUUCCACUGGCCUUCCAACCCCGCAGCUGGGGUGACACCUGUCCCCACUGGAGUAGCCUCCAUGGUGCUUGGGAACUCGUGCCCGGGGGUGUGCGGGAAGGGCAGAGGCAGGCUUCGCAGGAAGGCAGGAGAGCUGUUGCUGAUGCUUCCAGGGUUGCCAGCAAGGUUCUUGGGUCCCUCCAGCACAGCCAUCUCUAACUAGUUCUGGAUCUGUUGUCUGUAGAGUCCCUGAAAAAGCGAGUCCAGAAGCCCUCAGGACCCCAUUGUGGGAGCUCCAGAAAGGGCUGGGCAGGUGCAGUCAGAGCCUGGGCCUCAGGUGCUUGCCCCCAGGAGGUGAUACCCUCCCACCCUCCCCAAGGAACAAAGAAAGUCCUCUUUCUAAAGGUAGGGCUGUGCAUAGGAAUUUGACCUGUUCUUGGAUUAAAGGCCUGAGCUCCACAUUCCCCAGCCUGGCCAACAGGGGCUUCUGCCAGGCCCCUGCCUGGGAGGGUUGGUGUGGGAGCCACUCCCUCCUGAUCCUUGGGGGCAAGGCAGGCCUUGGCUGAUGGGAGUGGGGGGGACGCCUGGGAGACCCUGCCUCCUGUAUAACCUGAGGUGGUGCCUGGCCCAGAGCAAAUCCAGGCUGAAGAUGGUGCUCGGUCAGGUUCUUGGAACCAGCUGCCCUGGCUCCCUUCCCUCCUGGUCAGUGCACGAAGGUGCUGUGUUCACCCCAAACCCCACAUCCUCCCUCAUCAGGAGCACAAGGCCCCCUAAAAAAGCUGCAAGGCUGACAACAGCAGUCACAGUACAUGGCGAGCCCCUGGUCUGGCACCAAGCAACCCUGUACUCAACACUGCAUCCCUUCUGCGUGACCAUCGGCCACCGUGGGGGACUUCCUACUGACACGCCCUAUCUGCCCACAGUAGUUAGCACUGGGGGUCUUUCUGUGCCCACCCUCUGAGCCCCCAUACCCUCCUGACUGGGAGAUCGAUCGGCCACUCUUGGCCGCCAGGGAGGGAAGGCCAUUAGGCCCCAUGAGGAGUGGGGUCUGGUCUCUGUGCAGAGACCCAGUGCUUCUGUGACCAUGGGCAACUUCAGGGAAGCCCAGGGCUGCAAGGGCACUUUGCUCAGGAAACCUAACUUGGACGACCCUCCCGGUCAGGAGGAGCCAGACUUCCUUUCAGCUAUGACUUGUAACUUAUUUAAGACCCACUCACCCCUUUAUUUAUCCGCGCCACUUGCUGUAGGAGGCUGUUUCUUGUUCAUACCCCACCCCACCCCGCCAUGAUUCCCAUUCAGCCUCAACCUUGACUAUUAACUCAGUUGGGGCCCUGCCUGCUUUGUGGUUCUAAUAGACUGUUUCAGUUGGGGGUGCUGGUGUGGCCUUCUUUCCCUGAGGGAACCCCACUGCAGUCUGAUUUCCAUCUCUAAACUGUAAUAAAAGACUUUUCACGUCAA